AUGCGCUCGGCGCGGGCGUCGCGCGCGCCCGCGCGCGCGAUCGCGGGGUACGGGCGGAAGACGAACGGUCGUCCUCUCGCGCGAACCGCACGAGCGCCACCGCGCGCGACAGCCGGGGACGACGACGAGCGCCUGCGCGGUCUGGGCGAGCGCGUCCGCGCGGUGCUUCGGGAUUCGACGUGUAGACUCGCCCUGGCCACGGAGCGCGCCCCAGGGGUGGGCGCGCGCCCGUUCUCGGACGCGGUGUUUGGGUUCGCGUUUUGCGCGGCGACGUUCGCGGCGUUGGGGGUGUGCGACGACGUCGUCAAGCGCGUCGUGGGCGCGGCGACGCCGUUCAUGAUCGGUGCCUGGGGAUCGUUGGGCGUAUUGGCGUUCGGUACCUUGGACGCGCCGCCGUUGAGGUUGUGGAACGUCGUCGCGGCGACGGCGGCGAGCGCGACGGUUUCGAUUCUUUGCGUAAACGCCCUCGGACCAACCUGGCUCGCGCGAUCGCUCUCGCUCUCGCUGAGCCUGGUGAUAAUGAUGCGUCUGGGGGCGCUGCACCCACCCGCGGGCGCGGUCGCCCUCGCGGCGAUGGACGCGCACUAUUACAACCUCCAGUGGUUGUACGUCGUCUACCCGGCGUUGCUCGGAAGUUGUCUCAUCCUCGUCAUGUCGCGCGCGUGUCAAACGCUCAAGCGUCGAUACGAGUUCUCGUUCGGUGAUGCGAUGACAUUCGUCGCCGAACCGUUUCGCGCGCGCGCGAGGCGCGAUUGA